AUGGGCGGUGGUGGUGGCGGUGGCAGUGGCGGUGGCGACUCGAGGUAUUCGACCCCUCGGGACUCGCCCUAUGUGACGCCGGGUCACUCUCGACCUCCCUCUUCGCACGGCUUCAACUCAUCCGCUCUCAAUGACCGAGGGUACGCGGCGAAAAAAUCAUUGCAUGAUCAGGAACAAGGGCAUGGUGGAUGGGGUAAACCUAUGAGCGGCGGAGGAGGGAGCAAUGGCGGGAACGGUGGGAUGGGCCGCUCCGGCGCCAGCGGAAGCGGCGGUGCGGGUCAUGACUGGAGACGUCGAUAG